AUGUGGGAAGUUCUGAGAUGCCCAGUGAAUGAAGACCUUGUCGUAACUGCAGAAUUUGACUCAGAACUUAAAAAUGGCAAGUGUUUGCUAUGCACGUUAAACUAUAUUUUGCUUAAAUUGCGAUGUUCAAAGGACGAGAACAAGGUUUUGGGAACAAAGUCUUUCGCAUGGCCGGAGUCUAAACUCCCUUCCGAUGUGACCUUCAAUGAUGAAAAAAAUGUCUUACUAUUCAAAGGAUCCUCAAACGUUGCUCAAGUGCCAUUUAGGUUACCGGUAGCUACUCUUCGCCGUUCCAACGAGGGGUCGUCUUUGAAAGCAGCCAUAUAUUCUUCCUUGUCUGUCGAAAGCGCAGCGCCUCUCCCUCGAAUUGCUUCGCUAGCUCUGAAUGUUAUACAAGAAAAGAAUGUUGAGGAAACUUGGAAAGAAUUAGUGCAGCUUUGUGAGGAGGAAGAAAAUGAUAUUGCGCCAUUUGGAUUAUUACUAUCUCCUUCGGAACAAAGGACGUUUUUCCGAUUUAUCACUGGACGGGUUAGAAAGGAAAAAUGUUUCAAGGUCCUAUGUUUCCUCCUGUUGAGGAAUGUUUUUACUUCUUUAGACUUAGACUCUGAAGUGGUGCAGUUUUGUUAUGACGAGCAGAAUUUUUGUCCGAUGAUCAGUCUUUUGCAGUGCCGGAGGGUCAUCAGUGAACAGACGUAUGCCAGAUGUUUGAAAAUUGUGGCGGAGAGAAUAGAGCUAGAUGGUAAGAAGUUGCUAAAUCAUCUCAUCGGAAAGUCGUUUACCAAAUCUGUUUUGCCUUAUUGUAUAUCUGAACACCUUUCGGACGACGAAGUAUUGGUCCUGAUUGACGAAUUAGUGGCAAGUAUAAAAGGAAAUUGUACCCCAGAGUACUUUAACAAGGUUAUUAAUAUUUUGAGUGCUAUUCUGGACAGCCACGCACAGCGGUUGAUUUGGAAUGAGAAAAGCAGGAAGUCUUUAAUAAAUGCAUCGGAAUUGCUAGCUGACCUGGUUCAGGCGCUAGACAUUUUUAGUAAUUUCGACAUGAGGUUGAAGCAGAGGUUGACGCUCAGUAACUCUCUCAAUAAUGAGCCCCGAAGAACGAUGAACACUUUGGUAUCACUUCUAAUUGCCGUUGCGGUACUUUGUUGUAAAUGCGAGAAUUUAUUGUUUCUUAAUUCAACAAACUCACUGGUAGAGGAACCUCAUUUCGAUGAAAUACCAUUUGAAAUAUCUGGGCCGACGACUGUUCAGCUUCCUCAAGAACGCUUAGAAUUGAAGAUAGUUUUUAAAAGUCCUCAUGGUUCUUCCAACAUAACUUAUUACUGGGAAGUUUUGGAAGGCGGUGAAACAGGGUUGGCAGAAACAACUUACACGCAGCCUGUGCUUACUCUAGUGCACUUGAUUUUGCAGUUGAAAGAGGGUAAAGCAAAGUGGAGGGCAACUGUUAAGGAGAACGAAAAAAGUUCUUUUCGAGAUAUAUCUCUAACAAUUUUACCUCCAAAACGACUUAAUCGACCACCUAAGGUGCAUAUUAAUCCUUCAAAUCCCGUUCACGCUACUGAAGGAAAUUUGGUUAUGCUUGAUGGUCAAGGUGAACGUUUGGUUUUACAAUUGCCUGGCAGUGUCGAUGAGGACGGUGGGCACCUCGAAUUUGAAUGGAAGUUGGUCAAUGGGCCUGCAAUUGAACUUUCAGCAAAAGAUAGUCCAGUGCUUCGCCUUGAUAAUUUGAUUAGGGGAAAUUAUACAUUUGGUCUUACUGUGAAGAAUGAUAGAGGAGUAAGCGCUUCGGAUACGAUAAACGUUAUCGUUGCUGCAAAACGAGAUGAUCCGCCGAAAGCACAAAUUACUGAAUGCAGUGAUCAGAAAGCGCGGACAACUAUUGACGUUCGACUGCCUUUGAAAUCCCUCACUCUUUGUGCUAACAGUUCUACGGACGAUUAUGGUAUUGUUUCCUACAAGUGGUUCAGAAUCGAUAACUUGACAUCUCAGCUUGCCGUCGACUUUCAAGGUUUAUGUCUUUUUCUCUGUUCGACAACGCCAGAACUAUCUUUGACUAAUUUGCAACCUAACGAAAACGUUGGGCCAUACGUGUUCUUACUUACUGUAUUCGAUACAAGUAAUCAGAAUGAUUCUGCUAAAGUGGCUAUUAUGGUGAAUAAAGCUAUAAAUCAUGUUCCUGUUCCAUAUGCUGGGCAUAAUCAAACAGUGACCCUUCCUCUUGAAUCAGUAGUUCUAACUGGGAGUGUCAAAGACGACGGUCAAGUAAUUAGUUACGAGUGGAGUCAGCUGAGUGGACCGUCAGCGGUCGAGCUCAUUAAUCGCGAUAAAGUUAAAUGUACGGUUAAAGGACUUCAAGAAGGACUGUAUAAAUUUCAGUUAAAUGUUACUGAUGAUGGAGGGCUUAGCGCUGUGUCCGAAACUUUCGUCAAUGUUACAAGGAGUAAAAAUGACCCACCAGUUGCUCGAGCUAGAAAUGUUACAGUCUACUUGCCUUCCGAUAUAGCCAUUUUGAAUGGUAGUGAGUCUACGGAUGAUGCUGGUGUUGUGAACUACCUCUGGGUUCCUCAUGAUGAUGUACCGGCAUGCAUUAGCAUGCUGGGAAAUUCGCGUAAUAGUGCUGAGCUUUUACUCUCUGGUCUUAUUCCGGGUGAAUUUUUGUUUGACUUGACAGUGCGUGACCAUUCUCAGGCAGAGAAUACAACAACUGUAAAAUUAACAGUCGUUCCCGGAGAAGAGUUUUUAAAUUCUAUCGAAAUGUUCAUGGAUGAAAACAAAGCCAAUAUCACGUAUAGGUUACGUGAUAAAUUAAGGGCGCGCAUAAGUGCUGCUGUAGUCUCUCAGGUUGCUGAAGCCGAAGAAGUGCAUGUAGUUUUUUCCUAUUUUGCUCAAGAGCCUAGGAAAGGUAAACUUCGUGUUGUAUUCCAUGCAAACUACGAACCGGUCGAAGUAACAGGUACGUGUACUAAAGUAAAAAAAGCUUUUUCGGACGACAAGCAGUUCAAGGUAGUCAACGCUCGUGAACUCGUCAACAUCCUGCGUGACGAAUCUAAAAUGAUACAAGAUUUCAAUAUCGAGUUGAUCGAUACCCUCUGUGAUGAGCUCAAAUUUUCAGUUUGUUCGCUUGAUUGCUCUGAUCAUGGUUUGUGCAGUAAUUUUUCAAAACAAUGUGUCUGCGAUAGAUACUGGAUGCCCAAUCUCUUCCAUUACUACAUAUAUAGCGGAACGUAUGAUUGCUGUGAGUUCUCUUUGAAAUUACUUUGUUAUGGAAAUGUUCGCAUAUUGGUUUUUUAUUUACGGAAAAUAAAAUGCCCUCCAGCGUGGUCGUUGCUGUACUUUGGGAUCGUUUCGCUUUUAGUUUCGGUGAUUGUAUUUCGAUUCGCAUGUUACUUCACCUGCGCUCGAAAUAAUGGAUUUAAGACUUGGAAUGACGGAAGACGUGUAGUUUCCAAGAGAAGAAAACGAAGGAGGUUUCGCAGGAACGAUGAGAAAGUAAACACUGGUGCAGCUAAUGGCAAUGGAAAAAUAAAAGAUCCGAGCUCAUCUUACUCUUUGCUGAUUGGUUCCGAGAGCUUAAGUUCGGAUACCGAAAUUGACCAGAUGAAAGGGGUCCAUCCCGAAAAAGAUAAGGUUACAACUUUGAAUGAUAAUUCGCCUUCAGGAACCGAUUUGCGUGAGCGGUUUUCUACUGUUUCUUUCGACUGA